AUGGAGGAGAUAGACGAGGUUGAAAUAAUAGGAGAGGAACUGAGUCGAGCGAGAGAGCAAUAUGAAUGGGCCAUGAACGGCCGGUGGGAAAGCCUAAAACGAUUCUACAAGGAUCAUGUGUUCGAAGUAUUUGGGCAAAUGACAACGAAGUACGAUACUGUACUUCAAGUGGCAGGCUUGGCUGGACGCAAAGACGUGCUUCAGUUUUUGAUUUCACAGAUAGAAGACAGGGAUGCAUUGAUAGUGGCGAACAACCGCGGCAACACUCCGCUUCAUGAGGUAGCUGCGUCUGGAAAUUUGGACGCAGCACAGCUGUUGGUGGAGUAUUCUUUUGAUCAUAACGUGGAAAGUAGUUAUGCAAGUCCGGUGUUGGUGGAGAUUAAGAACCACUUAGGAGAAACCCCACUCUACAGGGCUGCUGCUUUUGGUCGCACAGACUUGGUCCAAUAUUUGGCUAACCAAGUGGACGACGAUAAAAUAGAGCAGCACUUCCAAAGAAAAGAUCAAGUAUCCAUUCUUCAUAUCGCAGUACUUGGCCAACAUUUUGGCCUUUGUAAGGAUGAUAACAUUGAUCAGGACCCAGCAAAUCAAAACGAUGACUUGGAGAGCAGAUUUAAUCAGCCUUCCCAAUCUACUUUUUCAAACAAGAUUAUGACAACUAGAACUGGAAUAUCACAAAUUGUGGAAAAGAUUUUGAAGUGUCAUCCUCAAGCAGUUGAGGCGCACGAUAUCAAGCAUCAACAAAACAUUUUGCACAUGGCCAUUAAGUAUCGUCGGUUGGCCAUCUUUAAGAUUGUAAAGAAGAACAAAUUUAUAACCUCAAGGCUGGCUGACACGAUUGAUAGCGAUGGGAACUCCAUAUUGCACCACGCUGCAGAUAUGAGCUAUUACACAGAUACGAGCUAUUAUUCUGUGGACGCUAAAGGUACAUAUGGUCCUGCAUUUCAGUUGCAAGAAGAAUUGCAGUGGAUGGCGCGUGUGCAAAAGAUAAUCCCAGUUAAUUACACCAUGCACCGCAACAAGAAGGGUGUAACAGCGGAUGAGCUCUUUUCUAGGCAGCAUGCAAAGCUUCUUCAGUCAGCAAAAGUAUGGAUGAAAGAAACUGCUCAGUCAGGCUCGGUCGUGGCGGCUUUGGUGGCCACCGUGGCCUAUGCAGCUGAGUACACGGUUCCCGGGGGUACUAAUCAGAACGGGCUUCCUAAUCUCUGGCACUCUCCUUUCUUCAAAGCAUUCACCAUUUCGAACACUGUCUCGCUUAUCUUCUCAUUGACUUCUUUGGGCACGUUUCUCAAUAUCACGAGGUCUCCAUUUGAGUACAAAAACUUUCAACAUUCUCUUCCCUUCAAGCUGAAUUUAGGGUUCCUCCUUCUCUUCUGCUCGCUGCUAGUGUCCAUGCUCUCCUUCGCUGCUACUAUUGUGCGCUUGAUUCAUCAUCAAAAGAUAUGGUCAAUUUCCCUCAUUUACGUUGUUGUUGCCAUUCUUCCUUUCUCUGUGUUUGGGCUCAACCGUAAUCCUUUUUAUGAAGUAUUUUUCAAAGGUUGGAAAUACAUUAAAAAGAAACUUAGGUGUUGUAAGGUUUCCUGUUAG